AUGCCUCAGUCUAAUGGAGCCGUCAUUGGCGGAAGUGUCGCUGCCGCAGUUGUCGUGAUCUUGGUGUUGGUUCUGUUGGCCAUGAUUUGGAUGAAAAGGACAAAUCGUGUUUGCUUUAAAGACAAAUCACCUGACCCUGAUACCCGUCACGUGACUUCAAAUCAGAAUGUCUAUGAACUGUCUGACGACCACAAUAUCGAUUCUGAUUACUGCGAUAUUAACGACCGCCCUGAUCAGACAGAGGCCGACUCGCUAAUCAAUAGGAAUGGAAGACAACACUACGAAUUUGAACCAGAAGCACAAAUUGGAGUAUCUGGAGCGAAAGACGAACCGUAUGAAUUAGUUAUGGAUCCCAGGAAAGUGAAUGAAGACGGUGAAGGUGAUUAUGAUGAGUUACACGACAGCAGCCACAACAAAGGUCAACAGUGGAGCGGUGCUGGCACGUACAGUCACAUCCACGGUCGAGAUGGUCGUGGAAGUUAUGACCCGUACGACAAAACCAACUCCGUGAAGGACAUUUCUCCACUUGACACAACCUACAGUCAUAUGCACAGCAAUCGUGGGGUUGAUGACGGUGACACGUACGACAGCGCGGCACCAGUUGAAGUAGUUUCUGCCCUUGACACGACAUACAGCCAUGUGGUUCCCAGUACACUGGGUAAUGAAUGACGAGUGACAGUGUUUCCACGAAUACUCGAGUACUCUGGCACGGGCCUAGCCUAGCAGUAUUCAAGUCCAUUCAAAGAAGGAAGGAAGGAAAUGUUUUAUUUAACGACGCACUCAACACAUUUUAUUUACGGUUAUAUGGCGUCGGAGAUAUGGUUAAGGACC